AUGGAGCCGUCGGGAGGCUCCCUUCCGGCAGUUCCAACUGUGAAUCCUCCUCCUCUUGAUGGGGCGACACCAUCCAACCCUGGAAAUUAUGCAAAACUUACCUUUGCAAAUGCAAUUACAGCUCCAUCUAGCUCAAAUCAACUUCCUCUUGGCAGAGAAAAGGACAAAGUCGAUGCAUGUCAAUCAAUACAUAAUGGAGUUCCUGCUGUUAUAUUCAAAGUUUCAGAAUACUAUGGUGUAGUAGCAGAUGAAUGUCGCUACACUUUAGUGGGUCGAUUUCUCAAAGCCAGACCUCAAAUUGAUCAAAUUAGGUCAAGUUUUAAGGAAAUGGUUACUCUAAAGGGAUCUUCCCAAAUUGGGGCUUUUGACAAUUUUAAUGUUUUCAUUGAUCUUAAAAAUGAAGCUGACUUCAAAAAUGUUUGGUACCGAAGGGUGAUUGAAAUUGAUGGAAUGCAAAUGUGGCUUCAGAAAUGGACACCGGAUUUCAAGCCCGAAGAAGAUUUACCUUUGGCUCUAGCUCGGGUACUCUUACCAAGUUUGCCAUUUCAUUUAUAUUCUUGGCAUUACAUCAAACGACUGGUGUGCUCUAUUGGUACACCUCUUACUCUAGAUGCUGCUACCUCUGGUCGUACAAGGCCUAGUAUGGCUAAGGUCAGAAUUGAACUUGAUUUGCUGAAACAUAGACUUGACAGUAUUUGGGUUGGGUUAGAAGAUACUAAUGCACCUCUAAGAGGAUUCUACCAGAAAAUUGAAUAUGAAGGGGUGCCAAAAUAUUGUAAACAUUGUAGAAAGUUGGGUCAUAACAUGAAGGAGUUCUCGAGAAGAAAUUGA